CAAAUGGCUUGGCCUCUUCCACAGGAGAAAACAUCAAUAUGGACGGUUUAUGAUGAGACUGAAGCUACCAAACGGGGUUACAACUAGUGCCCAAACAAGAUACUUAGCAAGUGUUAUUAGAAAGUAUGGGAAAGAGGGGUGUGCCGAUGUCACAACGAGGCAGAAUUGGCAGAUUAGGGGUGUUGUGCUGCCUGAUGUGCCAGAGAUUCUUAAGGGACUCGAAGACGUUGGCUUGACAAGUUUGCAGAGCGGGAUGGACAAUGUCAGGAAUCCAGUUGGGAACCCUGUUGCUGGUAUUGAUCCCGAAGAAAUCGUAGACACGAGACCUUACAACAACGUUCUCUCCCAUUUUAUCACUGCUAAUGCGCGUGGCAAUCCUGCUUUCACUAACCUGCCAAGGAAAUGGAACGUUUGCGUAGUGGGUUCACAUGAUUUGUAUGAGCAUCCCCACAUCAAUGAUCUUGCAUACAUGCCUGCCAUUAAGGACGGGCAGUUUGGUUUUAACCUGCUUGUGGGUGGUUUUUUUAGCCCGAAACGGUGUGCCGAAGCAAUCCCUUUGGAUGCUUGGGUUCCUGCAGACGAUAUUCUCCCGAUUUGUAGGGCUGUACUCGAAACUUUUCGGGACCUUGGCUCUAGAGGGAACAGACAGAAAACAAGAAUGAUGUGGUUAAUUGAUGAACUUGGAGUUGAGGGGUUCAGAGCAGAGGUUGUGAAGAGGAUGCCACGGCAAGACCUGGAGAGGGCUGCUGCACAAGAUUUGAUUAAGAAAAACUGGGAGAGAAGAGAAUAUUUGGGAGUCCAUCCACAGAAGCAGAAAGGCUAUAGCUUUGUUGGGCUCCACAUCCCGGUGGGACGGGUUCAAGCAGACGAAAUGGAUGAGCUUGCCCGUUUAUCCGAUGACUACGGGUCAGGCAAACUACGGCUCACUGUCGAACAAAACAUCAUAAUCCCAAACAUUGAGAACUCCAAGAUUAAGGCACUGCUUAAAGAGCCUCUUCUUCACAGCAACAGAUUCUCACCCGAUCCUCCUAUUCUGAUGAAAGGGUUGGUGGCUUGCACCGGGAGCCAGUUUUGCGGGCAAGCCAUAAUAGAGACCAAAGGGCGGGCCGUGAAGAUAACCCAGGAGGUUGAGGAACAAGUCUCGGUCACCCGGCCUGUUCGGAUGCAUUGGACGGGCUGCCCAAACAGCUGUGGGCAAGUUCAAGUUGCGGAUAUUGGAUUCAUGGGAUGCAUGACGAGAAAUAAGGAGGGGAAGAGCGUGGAGGGUGUGGAUGUUUACUUGGGAGGGAGAAUUGGGAGUGAGUCACAUUUGGGAGAUGUGUAUAAGAAGGGUGUUCCCUGUGAAGAUUUAGUGCCUUUAAUUGUUGAUCUUUUAGUAGAGCACUUUGGUGCUGUUAGAAGGGAGAGGGAGGAUGAUGAACCUUAAUUCAUUACAUUUCUCUAAUUAAACCGUGGGUGUUUUCUCUUUUCUAUGCAUAUAGUUAGUAGUAUACUUGUAUAGGUAUAAUAACUUCAAUUGGUAGGGACAAUGCAAAAUCAAAACUCUGGGUACAAGAUUAUCAUAUUGUGUUGUUACAAAA